GCCCACUAGCAGAAAAGGACUCUGCAAACAACUGCGGACUGAAAAAAAUCACAAACAUUGAAGACCGUGUUAGCUGUUAGAUCUAGAUAACAACUAUGGUCUAUGGUCCAUGCAAAAAAGUGAUCUGUACUGAGCCUGGCUUGACGCUGAAAUGUCUCCGAAGCACCUGAUAUUGAAAAACGUGGGCCGUGCUUAUUGCAAGAUUUUUUGCCGUUGGGAAUCUUUAAGUCUGACAAAACAAUCAGCCCUGAUGUUUCAAGGAAAGACUGAAUGCUUUUCAACCCAGGCAACUAUGGCUUCUGAACCUCCCUCUUCGAUAAAAUUAAACAGAUUGCUACUCGUCUCGAAGCUUUCCCGAUAUGACUUCGAGCGUUGCAGACAUGUAGACCUUAGUGAGUCUGAAUUAGAAUCUGUUCUUCGCAAAAGAGGGGCAGAUUAUGACUCUUUGAUUAAAAACCACAAACUUCACAAAGAGUUUGAGCAGAAUGUAAAGAAAGCCUUUGAGGAUGCUGGAAUUGAGGCUCGUGUUGUUAACAGGUAGAUGUUUCAAUUUAAUUGCUU